CUCAUCUCGAAGAGAAGGGUUCAUUACUUCUGAUCACCGGUGCCUUUUUCACAAAGUAUUCCAUCCUAUUUUACUUGAGUAUCAUUUCCGCGAAUGCGUCUCAUAGUCCAGAGCAGUUAUUCAGACUAAUUUUUUCGUCGGAUUCUUUCAUAGGGGUCCUACUUUUUAGGUCAACUGAUGAAACCUAUUCUAUGGUUAUUUUAAUCUAUGGUCACAAUUUAAAUGAUAGGUUAUAUUAUUAUUUUCUCUUCUGAAAAAGUUUAGGAGUUGAAAUCACAUUAAAAUGUUGGAGCAUAUAUCAUAUUGAUUUGAAAAGAAAGUAUUGAUGACCACAUAGCACGUAUUGAAAAGGAACAAUGAGUGAUACGAGUUCUGUAACUUUAUCAGAGGCUGAAAGUCUAUAUAGUAAAGAAUUUAAAUGGAAGAGUGGACUAUUCCUGUGCAGUGUAACCGGAAUAUCUGCUAUUAUUGGGUUUGGAACAACUAUUGCUGCUGCUAAGAAAAAAGAUCCAGAAUAUUUUAAUAAGGGUAUAAUGCCUACUUUGAAAAUACCUGAAAGUGGUUCCCAAUUAGCUUUGAGAGCUUUGGGUUGGGGCACUUUAUAUGCUUUCACAGGAUGUGGAUUAUUGUUUUAUUCUAUAUGGAAAUUUUCUGGAGCCAAUAAUAUGCAAGAAUUCAGAUAUAAAAUGGGAUCAAUAUUACCCAAAAUACCAAAAAAUGACCCACCUAUAGGUAGAACUGAGUUUAGUGGUCUUAAUGAUUUCUUAGAUUAUGUGCAACACUUGAAAAGUUCUAAGGAUAAAUGAAAACUAUUAUAAGAUGUGUAUAGUUAUAAAUAAAUUAGGUUUACUUUGGAGAGAUAUAUUUCAUUAUGAUUUCCGGUCAUAUUUAUGCAUUAUCAAUUUAAUCUUGAUUAAAUCUUAUUUCAUUAA